CCUCGGGAUACUUCCAUCUGCUUGGGUUUCUCUUAUCCGGCUGGCCGGCCUCAUAAAUCACCAGCUUCUGCUGCGGUCGCAUCUGUCGGCUAUUUAUUUAUUUUCUUAAACGAUUUAAGUCCGCCAUUAAAUUCUUAUCGUGGAAAUGGGACACUCAACUCCGACCGAAGACAUGGAAAUCAACGACAAGCUCCUGCCCGACGAAGAGGCACGGUGGAGACAAGAACAGAAGCCUCAGAGCAACUGGGAAAGAUGGGGCACCAUCCUUCUCGUCAUCGCGACGGCUCUUGUAUCGCUGGGAAUAGGCGCACUGGUCGGGCAUCAGCAACAAGACUCUGAUAAAACCUGCACGUUGCGAGUUGCUCAAUAUUGUAGGGCUUCAUCCGGUCAUGUGCGGGGAACAUUGGCUAAUCCAAGCAGCUCCCGUGAUCUCCAACGUCGGCAUCUCGUACCAUCAGGAGCAAUUCAAUGGCUCGUUCCUCAACGAGAACAUCUACCGCAAGGACGCCGGUCCCGAGGUCGAUGCGGCGUGGAAGUCCCUGGGUGCUGACUACCGAAGCAUUCGGGUCCCUGCCGAGGAAGCCCAACGAUCAGGCCUUGCAAAGGACCAGGUCAAGAUCAGCGAGAAGUACGGUGGAGGCUAUCCGGCAAACGUUGAGGGCCUUCAUCACCUCCACUGCCUGAACCUCCUCCGCCAAUCUCUCUACUACAAUUACGACUACUACCAUAAGCAGGGCCACGGUGCCUUUAAGAACGACGACUUUAUUGUCCGUCGUCACGUCUCCCACUGUCUCGACAUCCUCCGACAGCAGCUCAUGUGCACCGUCGACGUCGGAGUUCUCGGUCAAGUCUGGGUUCACCCCGACAGCCCCGAGCCAUUCGUCGACUUCAACACGAAGCAUCGCUGCCGUAACUUCGAUGCUAUCCGUGAUUGGGCCGAGCAUAACCAGCUGCCGGAGUCAGUUCCGUCGGAUUUCCUGGAGCCGCCGAAGCAGGGUGAUCGGGUGUAUGAGGAGGUCCCGUAAAUUUACGACGCUAUGAACUGUAUAUAAAUGUUAAUAUUCUUUUAUUUGGAUUAGAAUAAUCAAGAUGUCAUGUCUAUCUA